UUUUUUUUUCUUCCAGGAACCCAGACUUUGAUCCCCUUUCCUUUUGAAAAAAAAAAAUGAUUACAAAAAUUCCAUUAUGGAAUCAAAUACCUUGAAAUUCAAGAGUUGUAGAUCUGAACAAAAGAAAGAAAAAGCUAUCAACUUUAUCCAUAUAUAUAUGACAUAACAUCAAACAGCUUCAUUCCAUAAAUUUGAAAGAAAACUGUUUCUGUGAUUUUCUUUCAGAUCUUUCAUUGUUUGUUUUUGUUUUUUUUUAUAUUGUAUAUGAGAUUAAACAAUUUCAAACAAAUAAAAAACCAGUUGUAUAAUUUGAUAAAAGAAAAAUGAUCUCUUGGCUUGAUAUCUACCAUGUUGUUUCAGCAACAGUUCCUCUCUAUGUUUCAAUGAUCUUAGGUUACCUCUCCGCAAAACAUCUGAAGCUCUUCUCUCCCGAACAAUGCGCAGGGAUCAACAAAUUCGUUUCCAAAUUCUCGAUCCCUUUGCUUUCUUUCCAAGUAGUCUCCCAAAACAACCCUUUUACGAUGAGCCCUAGACUCAUUCUCUCAGACAUUCUCCAGAAAAUCUUAGCCCUUGUUGUGUUGGCCGCGGUUUUAAGAUUCUGGCACCCAACAGGAGCAAGAGGAGGAAAAUUGGGUUGGAUCAUAACCGGAUUAUCUGUAUCCGUGUUACCAAACACUCUCAUUAUUGGAAUCCCAAUCUUGAGUGCCAUCGAUGGAGAUGCAGCUGUGAACAUCUUGGUGCAGAUUGUUGUGUUGCAGAGCUUGAUUUGGUACAACAUCUUGCUCUUCUUGUUCGAGAUUAAUGCCGCCAGGACGAUACCAUCUCCUCGAGCUUCCAUAGAACAUAGAGGUAAUGACAAUGAAGAAGCUGAUAAAGAGCAAGAGCCAAAAGAAGAAGAAGAAGAAGUAGCAAUAGUGAGAAAAAGAUCUUCUGGAACUCGGAAGAUUCUGUUGAAGGCGUUGGUAGAGUUUAUAACCAAUCCUAACACAUACGCAACAUUCAUCGGAUUAAUCUGGGCUACUUUACAUUUCAGAUUGGGAUGGAAUUUGCCUGUGAUGAUCGAUAAAUCAAUACAUUUAAUAUCUGAUGGAGGCUUAGGAAUGGCCAUGUUCAGCUUAGGUCUUUUCAUGGCAUCACAAAGUAAUAUCAUAGCAUGUGGGACAAAAAUGGCAAUUAUAACAAUGCUCCUCAAGUUUAUAUUAGGACCUGCUCUUAUGCUUGCUUCUGCAUUUUGCCUCAGAUUACGAGGCACUCUCUUCAGAAUCGCAGUACUACAAGCUGCAUUGCCUCAAGGGAUCGUGCCAUUUGUUUUUGCAAAAGAGUAUAAUGUCUAUCCAGAGAUCAUUAGUACUGGGGUGAUCUUUGGAAUGCUAAUUUCUUUACCAACAACUUUGGCAUAUUAUUUUGUGUUGGACCUAUGAAUAUGACAUGCGUGUUAUAUAUAUAAACUAUAUAAUAUAAUCAAGAGCUUUUAUGUUUUUUCGUAGAUAGAUUGGAAUUAUAUUACAUUUUAGAUCAUGGGAUUUUGAGAUGUUGAUUGAUAAAGCUAAUGUCAAACAUUCUCUUUAUUUUUCACACAGUAUAUCUUAAAUUAAAUAA